AGGAUUAUUCUUAUUGUCGGGGCGUUGGCGGGAUAAAAUAGAGUUAGAGGAAUUAUGGAUAAUAAUGCUUUCCUGUUACCUGUAUCUCAGCCUUUUUUUUCUUCUUUUCUUUUCUUCCCUUUUUCCUUCUGAUGGCUCUUCUCGUGAAUUAUUAUUAUUCAAGGUGUUUUGUGCGCGUGGUCCGCCCUGGCAUCAUGCUGAGAGGGGAAUCCCGGAAUUCCCGGUACCUGGGUUUGGCUUGGGUGUCAGACUGCAUGUGGGCGGGUCCGGGAGAGUGGCAGGCGUGAAGGGGGUUGUUCUCGCUGCUGGGUGUGUGUGUAUAGUGAUUUUGCGUGCUGUUUGGGAGAGAUAUCACAUUGAUGUCAGGAAGGAAUACGGUAUCCCCACAUGGGGAGAGAGCCUUUCCCCCAAUAAACUCUGCUUGAAGAGCACUAGUACCAGUGCAGUGCUGUAUCGUACAGUAUGAUACUGUACCCACCAGAAGGGUAUUUUUAUUUUAUUUUUAUUUUGGGGGGGGGAGGACUCCACUUGUGCUGACUUGCAUAUUACCGGUAUAAUCUCCUAGCAUUGGAAUGAUCGGCCCUCGAGAGUUUUGGCCAGCAUGCCCUCCCUGAAAGAGGAGAGAGAGAGAGAGAGAGCCAACCUUUUUACAUUUCUCUCUCUCUGACCAGGAUAAUUAUUUCUAUUCGGUCUUCGUAUCCGUUCGCUCUCGUUUUGGGAUAUGCCAGGUUCCUGCGGCCAAGAGUUCAGAAAUGGAUUUUCUUCUUCCCCCUGCUCUCUCUCUCUCUCUCUGUCUCUCUCCCCCCCUAGACGACGAAAAUCUCUCCUCGGACAAGCACUCUAUCGUAUGUACCCAGGUCCUCGUGGCACCACAUCCGCCCGCACGGUUACCGUACUCUACAGUACAGUGCUGUGGGUAUGAUACCGGCACCGGUAGACUAAGCGCUGGCUUGAGCUUUCCUGGUUCCUUCCCUUUCUUCCCCUCCCCUUCCCAUCGUCAAGACUAGCAUCCACACCACCACCACCACCAACACCACCGCCACUGCUAUUGCAGACUUCAUAACAUACUGCGGUGAAGUAUACCCCACGGUGUUUUGAGCCAUGGUUCUGUUACUUCGCUUUCUGCGGAUGCCGCGGCCAACGGUUUGUCGCGUUUUCUCCACCUUUUUGCCCUUUGAUCCUGAUCUCGUUUAGCAUUUUCUUGGACUCUUGGAUCUCCAGCACGGAGCCGAGCUCAUUCUUGUCUGUGCUCUUUUCAACAAGAUAUCCGGUUUGUACGGUAUUAUAGCCAUGCUCAUAGGUACUCUACUCCCUCCCUCCCUCCCCCCUGACCCCGCCUCCCCAUCUGACUCGACGCCCGGUGCAGGGGCCGAGAUAUCCACGCUGCAACUAUCAAUGUACUUUUACUCCCUUUUCAUGUUCGGAGCCCUAAUCUAUACCCUCCCAAAACUCCACCAACGGAAUCCCCUGGCCGCCAUCUCGUUUGCAUACCUGUACCUGGCCGAUUCCCUCAUAAACGCCCUCUACACCCUCCUCUUUGGCAUCUCCUGGUUCUUGGUCUUGGCCUCGAAGUACAACUCUGCCAUCCACCCGGUAAAGUCUGCCGGCGAGACGAUGGACAGCACGGCUGGUUUCACAUCCCCGGAAUUCAACGCUUCCGAGGCGGACGUUGUCACGUACCCGAGCGCAUCGGGCCAAGACGCGGUGGUCAUCGGCAGCGCUGAGGGAACCUCAUUCUUGCCGUCUGGCGUGCUGCAGCCGGGGGACUCGGCCAGCAUUCUCAUCAUUUCGGUGAUAUGGCUGAUCAGGGUUUACUUUGUCAUCAUUGUCAUGGCGUUCGCGAGGGAGGUUGUCAGGGGCAGCGCUACCCCCGGGGAAGCGCCCUUCACGGGCAGGAAUUAUGGGGAGGGGUGGCAAGGGGCCCUGGGGAGGACGUUGGUGUCGUGUAAUAGAGGGUAUUGGGAGGGGAAGAGUGGGUGGAUCCCAUUCGGCUCAAAGUUUAGGAGGAGCGUGGAGCCUGAGGAUGAUGGAAGGAGGAGGAGGGAGAGGAGGGAUUCUAGCGAGGGGAGGUCCUUGCCUGUUUGAUUGAAUGGGGAAUAUGGGGGAGGAGGGAGCCGGGAGAUGGAUUUUUGAAAAUAUGCGAAUACCAGCAUCGACACUGCCAUGCAGGACGGAUAAAUAUCAUACCGAAUGCGUGUGGGCGAACAAAAGGAAUAAGC